UACGAAGGAAUGGAGAUCAACAACCUGCCUGUGGAGCUGACAGUGGUGUGGAAUGGGCACUUCAACAUUGACAACCCAGCUCAGAAUACAGUUUACCUCUACAAGUGUGGGGCCAUGCGUGAGAGCUGUGGGCUUUGCCUCAAGGCUGACCCAGACUUCGAGUGCGGCUGGUGCCAGAGCCCAGGACAGUGCACCCUGCGCCAGCACUGCCCUGCCCAUGAGAGCCGAUGGCUGGAGCUGUCAGGUGCCAACAGCAAGUGCACAAACCCACGCAUUACAGAGAUAAUCCCAGUGACAGGCCCCCGAGAAGGGGGCACUAAGGUUACCAUCCGAGGAGAGAACCUGGGCCUAGAAUUUCGGGACAUUGCCUCCCAUGUCAAGGUGGCCGGUGUGGAGUGCAGCCCUUUGGUGGAUGGCUACAUCCCUGCAGAACAGAUUGUGUGUGAGAUGGGGGAGGCAAAGCCCAGCCAGCACGCGGGAUUUGUGGAGAUCUGUGUGGCUGUGUGUCGACCAGAGUUCAUGGCCCGCUCCUCGCAGCUCUAUUAUUUCAUGACGUUGACUCUCGCAGACCUGAAGCCCAGCCGGGGACCCAUGUCUGGGGGCACCCAAGUGACCAUCACAGGCACCAACCUGAAUGCCGGCAGCAACGUAGUGGUGAUGUUUGGGAAGCAGCCCUGCCUCUUCCACAGGCGAUCUCCAUCCUACAUUGUUUGCAACACCACGUCCUCAGACGAGGUGCUAGAGAUGAAGGUGACAGUGCAGGUGGACAGGGCUAAGAUCCGCCAGGACCUGGUCUUCCAGUAUAUGGAGGACCCCACCAUCGUGCGCAUCGAGCCAGAAUGGAGCAUCAUCAGUGGAAACACACCUAUCGCCGUCUGGGGGACUCACCUGGACCUCAUACAGAACCCCCAGAUCCGUGCCAAGCAUGGAGGGAAAGAGCACAUCAACAUCUGCGAGGUUCUGAAUGCUACUGAGAUGACCUGCCAGGCUCCAGCCCUUGCCCUGGAUCCUGACCACCAGUCGGACCUCACUGAGAGGCCUGAGGAGUUUGGAUUCAUCCUGGACAAUGUCCAAUCACUGCUAGUCCUCAACAAGACCAACUUCACCUACUAUCCGAACCCUGUGUUUGAGGCCUUUGGUCCCUCAGGAAUCCUGGAACUCAAGCCAGGCACUCCCAUCAUUCUAAAGGGCAAGAACCUGAUCCCUCCUGUGACUGGAGGCAAUGUGAAGCUGAACUACACAGUGCUGGUUGGGGAGAAGCCAUGCACCGUGACCGUGUCAGACGUGCAGCUGCUCUGCGAGUCCCCUAAUCUCAUCGGCAGGCACAAAGUGAUGGCCCGCGUCGGUGGCAUGGAGUACUCCCCGGGGAUGGUGUACAUUGCCCCGGACAGCCCACUCAGCCUGCCCGCCAUUGUCAGCAUCGCCGUGGCCGGAGGCCUCCUCAUCAUCUUCAUCGUGGCUGUGCUCAUCGCCUACAAACGCAAGUCUCGCGAGAGCGACCUCACGCUGAAGCGGCUGCAGAUGCAGAUGGACAACCUGGAGUCUCGCGUGGCCCUCGAAUGCAAGGAAGCUUUUGCUGAGCUGCAGACGGACAUCCAUGAGUUGACCAGCGACCUGGAUGGAGCCGGGAUUCCCUUCCUCGACUACAGAACCUACACCAUGAGGGUUCUGUUUCCAGGAAUUGAAGACCACCCUGUGCUCCGGGACCUCGAGGUCCCAGGCUACCGUCAGGAGCGUGUGGAGAAAGGCCUGAAGCUCUUUGCCCAGCUCAUUAACAACAAGGUGUUCCUGCUGUCCUUCGUCCGCACCCUCGAGUCCCAGCGCAGCUUCUCCAUGCGUGACCGCGGCAAUGUGGCCUCGCUUAUCAUGACGGUACUGCAGAGCAAGCUGGAGUACGCCACCGAUGUGCUCAAGCAGUUGCUGGCAGACCUCAUCGACAAGAACCUGGAGAGCAAGAACCACCCCAAGCUACUGCUCAGGAGGACAGAGUCUGUGGCUGAGAAGAUGCUGACCAAUUGGUUCACUUUCCUCCUCUACAAGUUCCUCAAGGAGUGUGCUGGGGAGCCCCUCUUCUCCCUGUUCUGUGCCAUCAAACAGCAGAUGGAGAAGGGCCCCAUUGAUGCCAUCACAGGAGAGGCCCGCUACUCCCUGAGCGAGGACAAGCUCAUCCGGCAGCAGAUCGAGUACAAAACCCUGGUCUUGAGCUGUGUCAGCCCAGACAAUGUCAACAGCCCUGAGGUCCCAGUGAAGAUCCUCAACUGUGACACCAUCACUCAGGUCAAGGAGAAGAUCCUGGAUGCCAUCUUUAAGAAUGUGCCCUGCUCCCACCGGCCCAAGGCUGCAGACAUGGACCUGGAGUGGCGACAAGGAAGUGGGGCAAGGAUGAUCCUGCAGGAUGAAGACAUCACCACCAAGAUUGAGAAUGACUGGAAGAGACUCAACACCCUAGCCCACUAUCAGGUGCCAGAUGGUUCUUUGGUAGCUUUAGUGUCCAAGCAGGUGACAGCCUAUAAUGCAGUGAACAACUCCACAGUCUCCAGGACCUCAGCAAGUAAAUAUGAAAAUAUGAUCCGGUACACGGGCAGCCCUGACAGUCUCCGCUCCCGAACACCCAUGAUCACCCCUGACCUGGAGAGCGGAGUCAAGAUGUGGCAUCUCGUGAAGAACCAUGAGCACGGGGACCAGAAGGAGGGAGAUCGGGGGAGCAAGAUGGUGUCUGAGAUCUAUCUGACACGACUACUGGCCACAAAGGGCACGCUGCAGAAGUUUGUGGAUGACCUCUUUGAGACCAUCUUCAGCACAGCCCACCGUGGCUCUGCCCUGCCACUGGCUAUCAAAUACAUGUUCGACUUCCUGGAUGAACAGGCUGAUAAACAUGGCAUUCAUGACCCUCACGUACGCCACACCUGGAAGAGCAACUGCCUGCCUUUGCGGUUUUGGGUCAACAUGAUCAAGAACCCACAGUUUGUGUUUGACAUCCAUAAGAACAGCAUCACGGAUGCCUGCCUCUCCGUGGUGGCCCAGACCUUCAUGGACUCCUGCUCCACAUCGGAGCACCGGCUGGGCAAGGACUCACCCUCCAACAAGCUGCUCUAUGCCAAGGACAUCCCCAGCUACAAGAACUGGGUGGAAAGGUGAGUGUCAGCUCUAGUCUUCCAGCUGGAAUGAACGAGCCGCUUCCAUAGGCCAGAGGUUCC